AGUCCUGCUGUAGUCACUGACUCUCUGGAGUCUGAGUGCCCUUUCUACCAGCCAUGAGGACUCUCUGCUCUCUGCUGCUGAUAUGCUGCCUCCUUUUCUCAUAUACCACUCCAGCUGUUGGAGAUCUAAAACAUCUUAUACUCAAAGCACAACUUGCACGGUGCUACAAGUUCGGAGGGUUCUGUUACAAUUCCAUGUGUCCUCCUCAUACCAAGUUUAUAGGUAACUGUCACCCAGACCACCUCCACUGUUGCAUAAACAUGAAAGAAUUGGAAGGAAGCACAUAGAAGCCAAAUGACAGAUGUGUAACUGAUGUUUUAAUAAAGGAAACAUUUCUUUAAGCUUA